UUUUUUUCUUCGGCGCUCGCCACAGAGUCAUCUUCAAACAUGGCAGAUUUUGUCGUUUCACUUCUAGAUGAAGCUACUCGUGCAAAAGAAGCCAAGAUCCUCUUUUCAUGUCUAGCGGAUGACCCUAUCUGGGCAGAGCGCUUGGUUCGGGGAGUGCAAUCUCCAUCUAUUGUCAGACGAAAUGGAUGUAUAGAGAUUAUUUAUUCUGUACUUGUUCGCAGCAUACAGGUACCUUUUCAAGACAUGUUUGCCAAUACUUAUGCCUCAGAAAAGUUGUUUGAUAAAGUUGAAUCACACCUUGAACCGAUUGAGACAGAGUUUGGAAAGCACCUUCGCUGCUUUAUACCCGAUCUUUGCAACGUUUUCAUUGGAUCAAAAUCUGGUGGUGGAGAGAUUACGCUUCCUGGCUAUACGUUGCCAUGUUCGUUUACGGUAGCUCGCUUAUGGCUUCUAGACUCUGUGUAUCACUGCCUAAGCGACGUCAAAGAGGAUCCAUCUCUACUUGAAUUAAUCCCAGAGGCAUUUUGGACAACACUUGUUGAUAGUUUUUUUCAUUUCAGAUUCAACAAUGCAUUCCAUGUACAGUUCUACAAAAUUUUCCGGGUUGUCCUUUACUCAGAACAAGCAGCGGUUUACAAUCGAUUCUUUGUAAAUACAAAUCUUGUCAGCCGACUCAUCGAGCAUUAUAUGGCGAAAUCUCAGCCAACUGGGUCCAAAGGCUACAUCAUUUUGAUCCUCAAUUGCAUUCGGCUCUCUGCAGAUGUUGAAAAGAAGCAACAAGAAAAGGAGCAGAAAUCACAAGAAGAUGGGGACAGCAUUGAUGGUUGUAAUAAAAGUCCACUGACAACAGAUGAUCAACGCAAAGGAACCAUUUCACCCAUGUUUUGGACUGAUCUGAUUAGAUCUAACCCUGAGUGGGAGGAUUUUCAAGAGACAUUACGAACCGCUACACUAGAGCAAACGCGAGAUACCUUGUGUCACAUGGACCCCAACCUUCGUUUUCAAUUUGCUCCACUUCAAUCUCGACAACCUAAUGAGACGCCACUCACCAGACGUCAUUUCGGUAUUCCCGGUGUCUCUGCUCGUGGAAAUGAUGGCAUCGAUCUCGGUUCAAAGUAUGGCAACUCUCUCGGUUUUGGAGUGCCUAUGAAAUAUGAUCAUGAAGCAGCAGAGAAAGACAAGGAAAAGACAGAGCAGGAUCAGGAGUCCCGAGUGCAGAAAGCCCUUGCAAAUCUGAUGCCUACCAUGGAUUGGAAGUUAAUCCCGCCGCAGCGAGUCUUAAAUGCUAUGGGUGGUGGAAUAACUCGUGCUAAUGCCCCUGGAAAGCUCAAACAGCUGCAGACAAAUGGACAUAACACAUCAUCAGCAUCGGCAGUUGCGAUCUCCCCUAUGAACAACAACAGCAACAAUGAUAUCACGGCGUCCACGACGAAUGUGAAUGGGAAUACGUCUUCAUCCACGACACCAAAUGGGACAUCGACAUCGACUUCUGCUAAAUCAAAAAAGAAGAAGAAGAACAAGAAGAAGCGUCCUAAUAGCAUUGAUCACACAGAAGAUCACUUUGAUUCAGCUGAUAGUAGUGAGCAGACGAACGGGGUCUCCUCAUCUUCUUCGGAGGAGAUGGUGAAUGAUUCAGGCUCGAGUUCAGCGUGUUCUUCAGACGAUGACGAAUCAUCAUCAGCAACUUCUUUCGAAAAAAAUUAUGUUGUAGAGCAUCCAGAAUCUAACGGUAAUGGACCAGAAUCGACAACGACAACGACAAUGGAUAUAGAUGAAGAGCGUCGGGAGCGCAAGAGGGAGAAGAACAGACAAAAGAAGUGGAAGUACAAGAUGAACAAGAAGAAUAAGAUUCACCAACUUCAAGCAGAAGCUGAAGAGAAUGUAGGAGAGACAGGUUCUGCUAUGGAGCAAUAAACUGUCAUAAUAAAAUCCAAAGAAUAGCAGCAGAAAAAAAAUCCCAGACACGCUAUGAUUUAUUAUUGCUAUUAUUAUUAAAGAUUAUUAUUGCGCAUCC